AUGGCGUCCGAACCCCACGUUGAUGUUGAUGAAGUCGUUGCUCUCUCCAAGGUGCAGACUAUUGACGAGAAGCGUGACCUCAAACAUGAUUAUGACCAAGAUUCAACGGACGAGGUCGUCGACCCCAGUUUGCUUCCCACGGAGGAGGAAAAACAUACUUUGCGCCGAGUUGCGGAUACUAUUCCUUUCGCCGCAUGGACCAUUGUGUUCGUCGAGUUUGCCGAGCGGUUCUCAUGGUAUGGAACGACGGGUCCUAUGACCAAUUACGUUCAACAACCGCUCCCAGAAGGCUCGAGAGCUGGUAAUACGCUAAAACCUGAUGACGUUGCUGGUGCACUUGGUCGUGGUCAACGUACGUCUACCGCACUUGGCAACUUCCGUCAAUUCUGGACCUACUUUACGCCUAUCAUCGGUGCCAUUGUUGCUGAUACAUACUAUGGUCGCUUCAAGGCCAUCUGUGUAUUCUAUACCAUUUGUUUGGUUGGUCAUAUUCUCCUCGUCUUUGUCUCGAUCCCUCAAGCCAUCGAGCAUCCCAAUGGCGCUCUCGGAGGAUUCAUCAUCUCCCUUGUCAUCAUGGGCCUUGGGACGGGUGGAUUCAAGUCCAACAUUUCGCCCCUCGUCGCCGAACAGUACCGUGGCAAACUACACAAGCGCGUUCUCCCCAGCGGCGAGACCGUCCUCGUUGAUCCUAGUCUUACUGUGCAGAGGACCUUUUUGUACUUCUACAUGAUGAUCAACUGUGGCUCCCUCGUUUCACUCACCACUACUUUUGCGGAGAAGUAUGUCGGUUUCUGGCUCGCCUAUGCGCUCCCCACCUUCGUCUUCUUGCUCAUUCCUCCUAUUCUCGUGUGGGGUAACAAGAGGUACCACAAGACCCCUCCUCGCGGUUCCGUCCUUGUCGAGGCCUUCCGUGUCUUCCGUAUUGCCGCCCGUGGCAAGUGGUCUAUCAACCCAGUUCGUCUCUUCAAGAACUUCACCAGCCCCGACUUCUGGGAGAGUGCUAAGCCCAGCUACCACCUUAACAAGAGGACUGGUGAAAGUGGCACCGGAGCUGGUACCGUUCCUUCCGCUAUUACCUGGGACGAUGAGUUUGCCGAUGAGGUCAUGCGUGCGAUGAAGGCGUGCAAGGUCUUUGCCUUCUUCCCUCUCUACUGGAUCUCUUACGACCAAAUGACCAACAACUUGACGUCUCAAGCCGCGACCAUGAAGCUCAAUGGCGUGCCCAACGAAAUCGUGAACAACCUCAACCCGCUCUCGCUCGUUAUCAUGAUCCCCAUUAUGGAGCGCAUCGUUUACCCGGCCCUUCGUCGUGCCAAGAUCAACUUCACGCCCAUCAAACGUAUCGCUUUCGGCUUCUUCCUUGCCUCGCUCUCCAUGGUCUACACCACUAUCAUCCAGUACUAUAUCUACAAGAAAGGCCCAUGCGGCAAAUUCGCCUCUCAGUGCGACGACCCUGCUCCCCUCAACGUCUGGCUCCAAGCGCCCUCUUACGUUAUCAUCGGUCUUUCCGAGAUCUUUGCUUCCAUCACCGGUCUCGAGUACGCAUUCACCAAGGCCCCUGAACGCAUGAAGUCCGUGGUUACUUCCAUCUUCUUGUUCAUGUCCGCCCUCGCAUCCGCGAUCGAGUUCGGUCUUGUUGGUGUAAGCACGGAUCCUUACCUCAUGUGGAUGUAUGCCGGUGUUGCCAUCACGAGUUUCCUCGCUGGCAUUGCUUUCUGGUUUACUUUCCGCUCCCUCGAUGCCGAGGAAGAUGCCCUUAAUACCAUUGGUGCUACUGGACGUUCCGGUUUCAAGGAUGAGAAGUGA